UUCCCGCCCUCCCGCCCGGCGCAUGCGCGGCGGCGGCGGCGCGAUGGGGCUGCUGGAGCAGUGCGAGGCCGCCUUUGGCGCCGCCGACCUGUACCGGGCCCUGGGCGUCCGCCGCGGGGCCUCGCCUGAGGAGAUCCGGCGGGGCUACCACCGCGCCUCGCUGCGCGUCCACCCCGACCGCGUCCCGCCCGAGGACAAGGAGGAGGCGACGCGGCGCUUCCAGAUCCUGGGCAAAGCCUACGCCGUGCUGAGCGACGCGGAGCAGCGCGCCCUGUACGACGAGCAGGGCCGGGUGGACGAGGAGGGUGAGGCGCUGCGGGCCGAGCGGGACUGGCAGGAGUACUGGCGGCUGCUCUUCAAGAAGAUCAGCGUGAAAGAUAUCGAGGAUUUUGAGAAGACCUACAAGGAUUCGGAGCAGGAGCUAGCAGAUGUCAAGGCGGCGUACAUGGAUUUUGAGGGUGACAUGGAUAAAAUAAUGGAGUCUGUGCUGUGUGUGGACUACACGGAUGAACCGAGGAUAAGGAAAAUCAUAGAAAAAGCCAUCGACCUCAAAGAAGUCCCAUCCUACAAAGCUUUCGUCAAAGAGCCUAAGCAGAAAGCCCUGGCAAGGAAAAGGCGGGCAGAAAAAGAAGCAAGAGAGGCAGAAAAGUGUAAACAAGAACUGGGCCUUGGUGAUGGAGAAGAUGACCUGAAAGCGCUGAUUCAAAGCAGAAAUAAAGAUCGUAAAAAGGAAAUGGAUGACUUUUUGUCCCAUCUGGAAGCAAAAUACGGGAACAAUCCUAAAAAGGGAGGAAAGAAGACUGCAGCCAAGAAAGGGAAGAAAUAAAGGACUACGUAGGCUGAAAUGAGAGGUAUUAUAUUGUAUGGGACCAUCUGGAUUUGGGAGAAUUUCAGGGGUUUUCUGGACUGCUGUUUCAGAGCGCGUGCACCAACUUGCUGUGACUGGGAAGUAGGGCGCAGAAUACAUCGUGAAUGACAAAGCAUUCUGGUGCUGCUGUUUAAAGUUCUUUGGUGCUUUUUAGUUAAAAUCAGAUUCUUGGCUGAUAGUUUUGUUACAGCAAGGAAGCGAUGAGAUGGUUGGGAUGCUUGUCUGUUUAUUAAAGUCGCAUUGAAGCGUGUUCCCUCCAAACACUAGGGGGGGCAUCAGUGCUGCUGAUGGGAAAACCAUGUAAUCCUGCACCUUCAGGGUCCUCAGCAACAGUUCCUGUGGCUUCUGACUUAGAAACCUUCUCUUUUUGUUGUUCACGCAUUUCUUUUCUAACAAACCUUGCGAGGCUUUUAAAGGUCUUUGCACUUCAGUUCAUCAGAUGUUUUUCAGAUACUCCAGUGGUUUUAUAAGAAUCCUUUUGAAAAUUGCAGAUUUAAUAAACGAAGAUUUUGCAGAA